UAUAAAUAGUUCAUAUUGAUCCUUAAACUUAAGAUACCGUUGUGAUAUCAAAUUAAAAUUGUAGGAAGUAAGUUUAGAGAAAUGACGCCAUAAAAUUUAUCUCAAUAUUAUUAAUACGUUACUCCCGUACAUUUUUCCCGUACACAGGUCUUAGAGUUGUUUAUUUUUAUAAAAAUUAAAAAGGCAAACCGGUCAGCUUGGUUGCCUUUUUAAUUUUGCCAUAAUUAUGAAAAUAACAAUCGUCAGCAAUGAACAAGACACCCACUAUGAAUAUCACAGACUGCACUGAGUUGUCCAUGGUAUGACGAAAGUAUUAUGUCUCCUGUCUCUGUAUUUUUACUGGCAUAAAAAAAGCAAAAUAAAGUCGUAUGCAGAUUUUGUACAGUCUCUUUCCACCACCAAGAGAUGUUAAUUUAAUUAUUAGCCACUAUAUUUUUAUACUUUAGCUGUCUACCUUCUAGCUUCACUAUUCACGUUUCUCUUCCUUCCUUUCUGAAUUUCCUGAAAUUUUCAUGGGAAUAUAUUCCGUAAAAUUUUUUUACACGAUAUCAAUAUCAUAAUAGAAUAUCUAAUCAAAUUAAUGUUUAAAUUUAACUAUUCUAAUCCCAACCUAAGGUUAAGUUUAGGAUAAUGUAUUUGGUAUGGACUGGUCAAUCAAUCUUAUUGUGUAUAUACUUAUGCAUUCGUAUAUCUUCAAUGUUAUUAUUAUGUCUGUCUUUUUAUAUUCGUAGAAAUCGACAGUUAUUUUAGUAGGUAAUAUUAGUCAUAACAAAGCCAUCAAAUAAACAUUGGACAACAAACAUAAAGAUAUUCCAUGUGGAUUCAGGACAAAAUAUUAAUGUACGAUAAAAUCAUAACAUGUUUUCCUUCUGUGACAGCUGUCCGUCCGUUUAAUGCAACAUAAGUAUUUGUACCAGACAAAAAGAGAAUACACACACACACUUAGUUCUGAACACCUGUAGCCAGACAUAAGAUGGUUCAAAAUGACAAUUUUAAUACAAUAUCUUUACUAAUAUUAUUAAUGUGACGGUAAAUUUGCUUCUUUUUUCAUAGUCCUAAUGAAGUGUCUUCUACAUCAACAAGGAUGGAAAAGCACAUAUGCUACUUGGUUUCAUUAUGAUCAAUCAACAUAUUCCGAUCACGUGAACUAAGUUGCGGCUAAAAAUUGGAUGAAUAACAAGAAAAAAAUAUUAAUAUUUGAAUCAGCGUCUGAGAACAUUUGAACAAAACAUUUGAUCAUGAAGGCUAAAAUUCGAUAAAAUUCAAUUCAAUAAUAAACUAAAGAACUAUAUAAAUAUUGCAAAAUAAUUUGCCACAUACACAAUCUAAUUUACUAUUAACUGUUAGGUAUACAUUUUUUUGACAUGUCGACGAUUAUCGGUUCGUGUGUAUUUGUGUGUAAUCUUUUCAAUCAAUUUAAGUCUUCAACUGAUUAAUUAUCGCUUUUACAAAGAUUACGUACGUUCGACCAGAUUUCAUGUUUAUAAACAUUAAUUUUCUUAAUGUUAUAUGUCCUUUUUCAACAUUUGCAGCUGUAGUGUCUAAUAUAUAAGAAAUAAAUCUAUUCAUCGCAUGAUCACUUCUACUUUUUCACUCGUGAUUUGUUCAUCGAAAAAUAUAAUAAUAAUAUUAUGAAAUCUAGUACUAAUUGUGCACUGUUAUGUACAGUUUUAUGUUUAGCUAUAGUAUCGAAUGCAUACAAAUUUAUUAAAACACGGAAUGAUAAUUCAAUAUGCAUUAUUAAACCAUUACCAAACACGCAUACUACUAUAAUUGUUAAAUUAGAUGAUGACGACUUAAUUAUAACAAAAUGUUAUCAGUUGGAAAUAACUACACCUUUAAUGGUGUUUAAAGGUGACAAAGUAUUAUACAAUCUACUGCAUAAAAAACAGAAACUAUUUUUAUAUAGUAAACCAAACAUAAUAAUUAUAUCAACAAUAGAGAUGCUCCUCAAUAAUUCCAUUUUCGAGAUGAGUUUGCAGUCUCAUUGGUCGUUAAUGCACCUAAUAAUUACAAACACCAAUAUUAAUUGCAAGCAAUCAGAAACGAAUUCAGAUUUUUUAUCAAUGAUGGAGCGUUUCCUUAACGACUUGUGGCACAGAUAUCAAUUAGUUUAUGCACUCAUUGAAUUCCCUCUGGCCUGUCCAAAAAGAUUUAUUACAUUCGAUGGUAACAAGCGACCAAAUGAUAAUUUAUACAACAGAACUAUAACGGUAAUAGAAGAGAAAGAUUUAGAAGAAACUCUAAAGAAAAGCCAAAACAGGUUAAGUGAUGGCUUCCCUUUAAAAAUAAAUAUAUUUGAACGGUUUCCCACGACUUUCACAAAAUGUAAGAAAAUUUACAACUACAUAAAAUUCAAUAUAAAUAUAACGAAUGGAUUCUGCGGAAUGGAUGCCUUAAUCAUGCACGAUUUUAUAAAAACAUUUAAAUUUAAUGUUACAUUCGUCAGUAAUGAAGAAAUUAACAAAUAUGGUUAUGUCGUAGCAGGUCAUGCUUCUGGUAGCUUGGGUGGUGUGAUACGCCGAGAAAUAGAUAUUUCAUUUAAUUCGAGAUUUUUGGUGAAAUACACGGAAAGCGGCUUCGACUUUCUUAGCUACGUAGCAGCUGAUUCUUUAUGUGCUCUUACCCAGAUUCCAAAUGUCGUGCCACUUUGGAAAUACCCCAUAAACAUGUAUAAUUAUAAACAGUGGAUGUUCAUAAUAUUCAUUUUUAUGAUAUUAGGUGUAGUGAAAUGGUUGUUCAGUAAAUGUUUUAAUUGGAUAACUGGGGAAAAACUACACGGACCACAGAUAUAUAUAAUAGAAACUGUAUGGAGUGCGAUGUUCGGUUUUUUUCUGAUCAAGAAAAUCCGACGUUGUAUUUUUAUAGCCAUGUGCCUAUUAAUCUCUAUCGUUCUUUCUGCAAUGUAUCAGGGCCAUGUAAACUAUAUGUUUACAACUAUAAGACGAUAUGACCGAAUGAGAACACUUCAAGAUCUCUGCGAAUCGAACAUGCCACUAUACACGUCUCCUGCGAUGUUGAUAUUACUCGGAGCUGAUACCAUAGACGAGUCCACCAGCAAUACAAUGAAAACAAUUCUAAAGCACGUAAAGUUAUAUCCAGAGGAUCCUAAUUUUAGAGCUGAUCCAGUAACCACGGCAACGCUCCAAAGGCGAUCAGAUAUAAAUUUGGAAAUUAUUGAAAACUAUACAGAUAAAGAUGGGAGACCAUUUCUAUAUGUAAUAGAUGAAUGUUUUUGCAAUUUGUACUUAUCGUACAUCGUCAAAUCAGAAUUUCUCUUCACUUCACAAAUCCGAGGUUUCAUGAUGCGGAUGGUGGAAGCAGGACUUCCCGAGAAAUAUUACAAGUGGACCAGAUACACGUUGCGUUUAGGAGACAUUAUACAGAAUCCAAUCUCGGAACCUCGUUUUUUCACUAAAAUCACUUUAAAAGAACAGCGAAUACCUUUUGCUCUGCUUUUAUGUGGUUAUAUUGUAUCCAUCCUCUUAUUUAUAAUUGAAAAAUGGUGUUAUUACCGUACAAUUAAGACAAAAUCAAAGAAAUAAAUUCAUUUAUUAUUCGCCAACUUAAUAACGGUUGUCCUAAUUAUAUACUUGGAUAGAUUUUAAUAUCCAAAAUAACGUAGGACUAAAUAGGUGAAAUAUAUUGGUCGCAAAAUCUCAUUUUGCUGAAGAAAAUUAAUGUAUGAAUUUUAAAGAAACUCAUCAUAUGAAUCUGAAAAUAUAUAUUACCUGAUAAAUAUUGUUACCUAAAAAAUAAACCAAUAACGAGUAGGUAUUUAAGUAAGUCUGUAAGAAACGUAAUAAUUAUUUGUAUAUGCUUUUGUAUGUUUUUAUAGUACAUAUAUUUUAUUCAUCAUAUUAUUUGCAAUCUGCUCCUCUAUAACAGCCAUAAUCAGAUAAGAUGCUAUCUUAAAUGAAAGUCUAAGUUAUAAAGAGCAAUCCAUUGACAACUCUCUCAGUACUUUGUGAAGCUCUUCAAGCCCUAAUGUCCAGGUUCAAUACAAGACCUUCGUCUCAACCUUGUAGAUUGUUGUACUGUGAGCAGUUUUUCAAUAGUCUAUAUGACUAUAUCCUGUGCAAAAAGACA